GUGGAGCGACCAAUCAGAACGCGAGUAUGCCGGUGGAGCGCCCGCGGUAGCGUAUGAGCGCGGCCGCCUAGCGCGUAGCCUACGCUCCAUCGGCAUCCUCGCGCUCUGAUUGGUCGACGUUUCCCCUUAAUAUCUCCUCAACGAAAUCGCGGACAACAUUUUCGCUAAGGAAAAAGUUGUUUCAAAUCACCCCCCCAACCUACCCAUUCAAUGACCUCCAACAUUUUUGGGACACCCUGUAUACAGCUUGCGAUUUGACAGCGCGAACACCGAACCGCACCGUACCGUGGUGGGACAAUAAAAAAGUCGGUUAAGCUCUCGCAGUAGUGCGCGAGUAUUCGUCGUUAGAUAAACAGUGAUACUGUCACUCUUAAGUCCGUGCAUUGUCUGCAUUCGAUUUCAGUGCCCUUUUAUUACCAUUGUUUUCUUCGACCGUCAUAAAAGGAAAACAUUACUCAACGCACGUAAAAGAUAAGAGAAACAACGGUCGACAUGGGUGAUAAUAAAACAGAACAUAUUGUCAUGACUCCAAAAUGCAAGACUAUGAAUCCCAUGGUACUGGUAAUAGAAAGACAAGCUAUAGAACCACCAGCAGAAAAUGGAAAUGAUAACAAUGUUUAUAUCGCUGGAGGAGAUCACAAAGGAAUAAUUGUUAACAAACAAACCGUUGCUGUUGCAAACGGCGAAGUUCAUCCGGCGCAUCUUUGCUUGCAAUUCAGAGUAUUUUUAGUGAGUGGUCAAACUGGGAAACACACGCAAGAAUCCAGAACUCUUCAAUUUUGGUUCACAGAUGCUCUUUCAGAGACUGAACGUCCCAGUGUGGCGCAAGAAUUCUUUAGGGAAUUAGUUUGUCCUCAACAAUUUCCACGAGAUUACGUUGGAUUUAUAAUGAAAAUAAUGAAGUUAAUGUUGCACAAGUAUCCCAGCAUUAAAAAGAUAGAAGUAGAAUUGAAACAGCUCGAGGAACCAGUUAAUCUUCCAGCUAGGCCAUUAUCCGCAGAUGAAACAGUCAUGGGACAAGUGAUCGAACUGACAUUAGAAAAGGUGUUAGAACUAAUUGAAUCCGCGUAUCCAAAUCCAGUAACGGUUGUUGACUUGGCAAAAGAAUAUGGGUGGGAUCCUUCCGCUGUUGAAAUAAAGUUGAAAGAAUUACAAGAGAAGGGUGUCGUAAAAGCAAUGGAACAUGGAGCAUUCACAAGAGUCGUACACCAAGAUACUCAGAUUCAAGUUGUGAAGCAAAUGCCAACAAUGGCGAGUGCAAAACAACCUACUAUAGCAAUUAUUACAGCGCAGUAUUGUGAAAAGCUUGCAGUAGAUUCCUUGAUCGAAAACAGAGAAACGUUUGUCCGCUAUACUACCGUUGGUACGACAGGCUCAACAGACGCAACAAAUGGAGUACCGCGCGUGAUAUCCCGUUUUGGAGAAUCAAAUGUUUAUACGUUAGGGAAUAUUGGCGCACACAGAAUUGUAUGCACAAAACUGCCAACUGUAGGUCAUACAAGAGAAGCAAUGACUGCAGCAGGAAAUACAACUACUAGAUUGUUAGGUACAUUUCAAAAAGUAGAUUUCGUUUUUCUAAUUGGAAUUGGAGGAGGUGUACCGCAUUAUACGGAUUACAACAAACAUGUACGACUUGGUGAUGUAGUUGUUUCGUACCCUGCUCCUCUGAACAAGAAAUACAUUUAUGUAUAUUGUGAAAGUGCAAAGGCUAGCGAAAGUGGUGAUUAUCAUUUCGAGACUAAAGAAUAUUGUCCACCAAAUUUAUGUAUUCAAGAAAUUGCUACUAAUCUCAAGGAACAGUCGGAACAUGAGACUAAUCCUCCAUGGCAAGUAUAUCUAAAAGAAGGUUUAGAUAUUCUAAGUAACCAAACGGAGCAUGAUUUUAAACCACCUCCGCCAGAAUCUGAUAAAUUGUACAUGGCUAUCGGCGAAAGAGACGUUAUCGAAGUGGCGCAUCCUACUGCACCUUCGGUCGCGGCAAACAAAAGAACGGAUGGCUGUCCCCGAAUUCACUUAGCACCGGUGGCAUCUGGUAGACAUAUUGCACGCGAUGAUCAGCUUAAGCAGAAAUUCGCAGCUCGUUUUGGAUGUCUCGCCUUCGACGCAGAAAUGGACGCCGUAGUUGAAAGUAUUUUGGGCAAUUGCCGUGAAAGUUUCGCUGUUAUUCGAGGUAUUUCCGAUUACAAAGACGGCUCGCGUAUAAAAGAGUGGCAGCCGUAUGCAUCUUUGGCUGCUGCCAGCGUAAUGAAAUCUAUCAUUUGCGCCAUGGAUCCACCAACUAACGUCUAAUACUUUUCAGAAUCAAUAUAUAGGGUUAAUCGUACAAUGAUUUUCCAUUUCCCAUAUUUCGCAACUUUUCUUUUUGUAUACGGUGGACCAACUAUUUUUAUUAAUGAGAAACAGUGAUAGUCUACAUUGGCGCACUUAAGAAAGUGUAACUUAAUUUCUCUUGUUUUUUAUUUUUAUAUUUAGCAUUGCAUUAAAUGCGAGCUGAAAUAUAAUCCUUUUCUUUCUCGGUCAAGAAGAAAGUAAGAUCGUAAUCAUAGAAUACGAUAGUCAGAAAGUAACGUGCACGAAGUGCAUUUUAUAAUUAAUUAAGAAGAUCGUAGUCGAUACGAUUAAUUUUCUUAGUAUAUAGUAGGAAACAAAACGAAUUCAAUACAAUAUGCUUCCAAAUAAUUUAUACACCGCUCAACAAUUACGUAUCGGACUGAUAAAAAUACUGGUUUAUCUUUUCUUUCUCAAAUUCUUCUCGACACAACUAUUUGAGAACAUUUGAAAAACAUUUUUCACAAUUUGCAUCUUUUAAAAACGACCUUUAAAUAUUAAUAGUCCGGCAUUUGCAUCGAUUCACGACACUAAUUAAUUUUCUAACGUGUCAUUGUAUCAAUUUGAUAUGAGUUUACGGAUUUUAUAGAUUUAUUUAUAUAUACACUUUAUACUUUUAAUACUAUUUCUAUUAUUCUUUAUUGUAUGAGAGAAAUCGGUACAGUGAUCCUAAGACUGGUGCCAUUUUUCUUUUACGUCGCACAUACGUAAAUUUCAUAAAAUUUUCUUACGUAGGAGAACACUAUAUAAAGUAAGAAAUUAUAAUGUUUGCAAUAGUUAUGUAGUUUAAAUAUUAUUAUAAUAACGAGGCUCUCGAAUAUCAAAUCUUGUCGGACGGGAUCCGAAGUAAAGUAAGUAGGAGAACCAGUGAAAGCUUUAAUUGAAGCCUCGUAGUCAUCAAAGCAAUUUAAAUAUAGAAGUGCAAAGUAAAAUUUGUAUUUAGCGCCACUUUUAUUUUUAUUUUAUUCUAAAUCUAAUUAAAGUCAACUAAAUCUAAUUCAGUCACUAUUUCUGCAAAAUCUUCAAAGUUUUGCACGAUCAAAAUGGUAUAAGUUUAAAAUUUCACAAGUAUAGUUCAGAACGCAUCUUUCUUUUACAUUUUUGUUACGUCGAAAGUUUAAUAUUACUUUAAUCUUGCUAAAUACAAUUAAACCUUUGCGGGGCGGUAUACACACCAAAUAUAUUGGAAAAUGUACAAUUAAUUAAUAUUAAUUAAAGUGCCAAUGUGUUCAAUAAAUUUGGUUAACGUAAAGGAGAUGAGAAUUUUUCUAAAAGAUACGUAACCAGGAGAUACUUUUUAAGUCAAUUAAUAAUAUAUAUAUCAUCACUCAGUAGUUUGACUUUAAACUGAAAACUUUGUUCUUUUAACAAUUUGUCAGUUUAAAUGUCAAAUACUGACUACUCUUUUCGUAUCUUCAAUAUCUCAUUCUCAUCUUUUAGAGUAAGAUUCUCAUCGCCUGCAAGAGGAACCAAUACUGAAU